CCAAACUGGUUUGGAGCAGAGCCGAAAGUGACGAACCAAUGGAAGCUCAGAGGUGAAACAAAAUCCGCAUGAAAACUAACAAAAAAAUAUUCACAGUAAUCCUCGAGGAACCUCUCUCUCUCUCUCUCGUUCUUUCAUUGAACCAUUGAAAGCUGAGCCGUAUGCUGUAGAAAUCAGGUUCCACUCAGACCUCAAAUCGACUUCUGUAGCAAUCCGCUUGCUUUUUCUUUUUCUCUCAUCAAUACGGCUCUAUGGUGUUCAUUUUGGGUUAGUUUGUUGGUUCUGAAUCCCCACAAGAUGGUUUGGAGAUUGGGUGUGGUUCUCAUCAACCAGCACCCCGAUGAUCGGCGAUUCAUGGCGAUUUCCGAGGGAUCGUUUUGAGUAUUUCGUGGCUAGAUUCUUAGUGACUUUGGUUGAUUUUUGAGCGAUGAUUAUGCUGAAUCUUCGGUGGGAAUUGAAGAAUUAGCUAAUGGACUAUUUGCGUCUGAAUCAGUUUGUAUUCCCCUGUUUAUUUAGGUUUUUUUUAGUGGUUUCUAUGCUCUGGAAAUUCAGAUCGUUGUUAUUUUCUGAAGCUCAACCUUGGUUUGAAGUUCUGAUCUCGAAAUUUUAACUUAUCCUUGUGUUUGGCGCUUGUCUCACUUUGACUCUACAAGGAUUAGUGCCUUCCGGCCCCGGAUAUCGCUUUCGUUUAUUGAUUACUGUUACUAGGAUUUUGCUGGAGGGUUGUAGAUUGAUAAAUUUGCGUGUGUUUGUUUCUCCUUUUGGGCUGUGCAAGAACUGCUCAAACUUUUGCCCAAUUUAGCAAAGUGGGUUCCUGAGAAUUUCGAGGUAGAAAUUUAAAAUGGCUAUGUCCUGCAAGGAUGGUAACAAACAUGGUAUCGACAAUGGCAAAUAUGUUCGGUACACACCGGAGCAGGUUGAAGCCCUUGAGCGGCUCUAUCAUGAAUGUCCAAAACCCAGUUCCAUUCGUCGUCAGCAGCUUAUCAGGGAGUGUCCCAUUCUCUCUAAUAUCGAGCCUAAGCAAAUCAAAGUCUGGUUUCAAAAUAGAAGAUGUCGUGAAAAACAGAGGAAAGAGGCUUCUCGGCUACAAGCUGUGAACAGGAAGCUUACGGCCAUGAAUAAGCUUUUAAUGGAGGAGAAUGAUAGGCUGCAGAAGCAGGUUUCGCAGCUGGUGUAUGAAAAUGGCUAUUUCCGCCAGCAUACUCAAACUACGACGCUUGGAGCUAAAGAUACAAGUUGUGAACCGGUGGUAACAAGCGGUCAACACAAUUUGGCAUCUCAGCAUCCGCCAAGGGAUGCUAGCCCUGCAGGACUUUUGUCCAUUGCAGAAGAGACUUUAACAGAGUUUCUUUCAAAGGCCACUGGAACUGCCGUGGAGUGGGUCCAAAUGCCUGGAAUGAAGCCUGGUCCGGAUUCCAUUGGAAUCGUUGCUAUUUCUCAUGGUUGCCCUGGUGUGGCUGCACGUGCCUGCGGCCUGGUGGGUCUAGAACCUACUAGAGUUGCUGAAAUCCUCAAGGAUCAGCCAUCGUGGUUUCGCGAUUGCCGAGCUGUGGAUGUCCUAAAUGUGCUGCCAACAGCCAAUGGUGGAACCAUUGAGCUGCUUUAUAUGCAGCUCUAUGCGCCUACAACAUUGGCGCCUGCUCGAGACUUCUGGUUGUUGCGCUACACUUCUGUUUUGGAAGAUGGUAGCCUUGUGAUCUGUGAGAGAUCACUCAAGAACACUCAGAAUGGUCCAACCAUGCCUCCAGUGCAGCAUUUUGUCAGAGCCGAGAUGUUGCCGAGUGGAUAUCUGAUAAGACCAUGUGAAGGAGGUGGUUCGAUCAUUCAUAUCGUUGAUCAUAUGGAUCUGGAGCCAUGGAGUGUUCCAGAAGUAUUGCGUCCAUUGUAUGAAUCAAGCACUGUUCUUGCUCAAAAGAUGACGAUGGCGGCUCUACGCCAGUUGAGGCAGAUAGCUCAUGAAGUUUCACAGUCAAAUGGAACAGGCUGGAGUAGACGCCCUGCAGCCCUACGUUCACUUGGUCAAAGGCUCACCCGGGGGUUUAACGAAGCACUUAACGGGUUCAACGAUGAAGGAUGGUCCGUGAUGGGAAAUGAUGGCAUGGAUGAUGUAACUAUUCUCGUAAAUUCAUCUCCUGACAAGCUAAUGGGAUUGAACAUUUCAUUCGCAAACGGAUUUUCUGCCAUCAGUAAUGCAGUUUUAUGUGCUAGAGCAUCGAUGCUAUUGCAGAAUGUGCCUCCUGCAAUUCUACUGAGGUUUCUGCGGGAGCACCGGUCCGAAUGGGCAGACAACAAUAUCGAUGCUUAUUCAGCUGCUGCUGUUAAGGUUGGUCCUUGGAGCUUACCAGGGUCCAGAGUUGGAAGUUUUGGGAAUCAAGUAAUACUUCCUCUGGCUCAUACCAUCGAGCACGAAGAGUUUCUCGAAGUGAUUAAACUGGAAGGCAUUGGCCAUACUCCUGAAGAGGCAAUGAUGCCUAGAGAAAUGUUUCUUCUGCAACUCUGCAGUGGAAUGGAUGAAAACGCUAUAGGCACUUGUGCUGAGUUAAUCUUUGCUCCAAUUGAUGCCUCGUUUGCCGACGAUGCGCCUCUUUUACCCUCAGGGUUUCGGAUCAUACCACUUGAUUCUGGAAAGGAAGCAUCCAGCCCGAAUCGCACACUCGAUCUUGCUUCUGCUCUUGAAAUUGGUCCUGCUGGAAAUAGAGCACCAAAUGACUCUGUAAAUUCUGGGUGUUCAAGGUCUGUAAUGACGAUUGCGUUUGAAUUUGCAUUUGAGAGCCAUAUGCAAGAACAUGUGGCAUCGAUGGCUCGACAAUAUGUUCGUAGUAUUAUAUCAUCGGUCCAGAGGGUUGCAUUAGCUCUCUCACCUUCUCAUUUAAGUUCACACGGCGGACUACGAUCUCCACUUGGCACUCCUGAAGCACAGACGCUUGCUCGUUGGAUCUGCAACAGUUAUAGGUGCUACUUGGGGGUGGAGCUAUUAAAAUCUGGAAUCGAAGGAGGGGAGCUUGUCCUGAAAACAUUGUGGCAUCAUUCAGAUGCAAUCAUGUGCUGCUCUCUAAAGGCAUUGCCAGUGUUCACUUUCGCCAAUCAGGCAGGCCUCGACAUGCUCGAGACAACCUUAGUCGCACUUCAAGACAUAACUUUAGAAAAGAUAUUCGACGACCAUGGAAAAAAGACUCUCUGCUCAGAAUUUCCACAGAUAAUGCAACAGGGAUUUGCUUGUCUUCAAGGAGGCAUAUGCCUAUCGAGCAUGGGCCGACCUGUUUCGUAUGAACGAGCCGUAGCUUGGAAGGUGCUAAACGAAGAGGAAAAUGCACACUGCAUCUGCUUUAUGUUUGUGAACUGGUCCUUUGUCUGAUGCUAAGAUUCCCCAAAUGAAGUUGAAGACUUAUUUAAUGUAAGAUCUCUUUUAUUAGCUAUUUUGUUUAUGUAAACUUUGGAUCUCUGUAAGAGAGAAAGACAAUGAAUUGGGCUGCCCCUUCAGUAAAAGACCAUAUUUUAUUA